GGCCACGUGUGUGUGGCGGCGGUACGGAGGAAGGCAUCUGCAGAGACCAAGCCGGAGCCGGGUGCUGACCUGACGAUGUCGCGACCCCGCCUUCUCGUGACCCGACCUGACAUUCCACCGGAGGCGCUUGCCAUGCUUCGGGAGAGGUGUGACGUCACAACCUGGGAUCAUCCGCGGCCCGUGGACAGGUCGUUCUUCCUGGACCACGUUAAGGGUGUCGACGGCCUCUUUUGCAUGGUCACAGAGAAAAUCGACAAAGAGCUACUGGAUGCAGCGGGUCCUUCUCUCAAGGUUAUCGGUACGAUGUCGGUGGGCCACGACCACAUCGACCUGAAUGAGGUCAAGGCCAGGGGCAUCAAGGUGGGUUUUACUCCAAACGUGUUGACGGACUCCACCGCCGAGCUGGCGGUGGCGCUUCUUCUGAUGACCGCCCGGCGUCUGGUGGAGGCCAGAGACCAGAUCACUAACGGCGGCUGGGCGGGCUGCGCCUGGAGCCCCUUGUGGAUGUGCGGUCAGGGGCUGGCUGGCAGCACCGCAGGAAUCGUCGGUUUGGGCAGAAUCGGGCAGGGUGUGGCCGCCCGUCUACGUCCGUUUAAUGUCAGCAAGAUUCUCUACACGGGACGUACGGAGAAACCGGAAGCACUGAUUCCCCACGUGGGGAGCGCCACGGUGAAGUCGCGCACGGAUAUGGCAACACUGACGUCACGCAACAUUCUGGCAGCACUCGACGGCAGCGCGAUGCCGGCUCAGCUUUGUUAGCGCGCCAGCACUCCGUGGAUAUCGCCACUCCGGAGUCCAUAACUAAAUCCCAUGAGUCGCGGUCAUAGGGCUCAUUGCUGCUCCUCAGUGCAUGCCACUGAUCCCAAUGCUCCUCCUUAGUGUUGUAGUAACCCCAGUCCACAGCGGUUCCCAGUAACCUCAGUUGUUCCUAAUGGUCUUCAGUGGUAACCAAUGGCUCUGUUCGGUCCGGUUAGCUGGAUCCAUUGGUCCUCAGUGGUCCUAAGUGGUCCUCGGUGGUCCCAAGUGUUCUUCGGUGGUCCCAAGUGUCCUCACUUGGUCUCAGCGGUCCCAAGUGGUCAUCGGUGGUCCCAAGUGUUCUUCAGUGGUCCCAAGUGUCCUCACUUGGUCUCAGUGGUCCCAAGUGAUCCUCGGUUGUCUCAAGUGGUCCCCACCGAUCGGCAGCGGUCGUCAGUGGCCCUUGAAUGGUCGGCAGGUCAGACGGCGCCUUCAGAAGUAAACCCUCAGGAUGUGCAGCUGGUACAGUGGUGGAUUGAGCGGCCAAAUGAAUACCUCACAGGGUGUGUUGUUACGCUGAAUCUUGCUGAUCCAACGACAUCUGUCGAACAUUCACUUGCGAUUGAGGAUGGCUAGCGGCACGUGGACUAAUCCCACCGCAAUGUUCGCUUGUAUCUGGUGGUCUUGCAAAUAAAUGAAUUGCGCUCGGCCUUGC